AUGAUCACUAAUACUUCAAAAGGGUAUCAAAAUUUUAUUAUUUUAUUCCCAAAUCCAAAAGUAUUAGGAAUAGUUCAAAUACAUACUUACUUGCUCCUAUUAAUGAGUUAAGUUUUGAUUGCUAAUCCAAAAAUAGGAGGUUUAGAGGAUAACCUAAUAAGUUAGAUAGGAUUUGUGAUUAAUUUAUUUGUUCAUUUAAUAUAUUAAAUAAAUUAAAAAAGAUUUAAAAAUGGUAUUCAUAUACUUCUAUUGAAUUAGGGAGCCCAUAAAUCCUUGAGAAUGAAGAAAAGAUUGAUUAAGGCUAACAAACAAAACAGACCCCUACCAAAUUGGUUCAGAUACAGAACAGACAACACAAUUAGGUAUAAUUCAAAGAGAAGACACUGGAGAAGAACUAAGCUUAACAUCAAUUGAGUCUUGAAUAAUAUAAAUUCCAUGUAUAGAAUAAACAUGAUUGUUA